AUGCGCUCCAGCCAGGUCGGCGUACCUGACUCGCUGCGGGAGGCUGCGUUGAAGGAGGUGAUUUGGCGCUUGGGCGGCUCCACCCGGCGCCUGGAGUCCGCCUUUACGGGCGAGCGCCGAGGCUUGCUGUCUUUAUCGGAUUUCAUCCACGGCUUGCAUGUGAUCGGCCUGCAGGAUGAGGACCUGCAAGGCCUCGGUUGCAACGAUUCUGCAGACGCAUUUGCCCUGCUGGACCGCUCCUCGCGAGGGAGCGUUCUGCUGGAAGAGCUGACACGGCCCAGGCCACAGAGGUCGGCAUGCGCGCGCCUCCGCAGGAGUGCCUCCACCGAUGCCUUCAGCUCGCGCGGACUGGAGAACGACAUGCGCGAGGGGGAGGAGGUUGCAGAGAAUGGAGAGAAGACGGAGGAGAACGACCAGGGCAAGGCGCACGUUUCCUCGGAGUCUGUGCGGUGUCUUUCCCAGGAGUACGACGCAAGUCAUCGCCCUCUGAUGAAGUACCAGAAUAGGAUAGAAAGAGGUGAGGAGUUGAUGCUCCACGUCUUCGUCAAGGAGAGCAAGUCAAAGCCGACAAUCGCCCGAGAUGCGACACCUGUUUGGAACUACACCUUCGUUUACGACGAAGACGAUUUCCUGCCGUCAACCACAUCAGUGCGGGUGAACGUCUCAGACAAGAUGCUGACAAAGAUGAAGAACGUUUGGGUGACUGCACGGCUGCUUACAACGAGAGGUGAACGCAUUGCCGAAGCACAUGGCGGCACCAUCAAGUACGACAAGAUGAAGGUACAAGCUGCAAAGUACUGGCUGGCUUCAGGAGAAGUCUGUGAAGACAACACGGAGAGGAGAUACGGAGGUAAGGAUGCGCCAAAGACUGCGAGAGGGGUACCAAAGAUGCAGGUCAGGCUAGUGUAUGAUCGCAUGCACUAUCCUAGACCGUGGAAGAUGGAUCACUACUUUCCGGAGAUGUAUGUUGAUGAAUUCUGGAUGACCAAUGACCAGCUUAUCAAGUUCAAUCCAGAUGCAGACGAUAACUUCACUGCAGAGUUGCAUUUCGAUUUGAUGUCUGCUGCCCGCUGGAGAUUUCAGAGACUGAUGGAUAUGAAUUUGAAGAAUAUGGCAGAUCAAUACCUGGGAGAGGAUGCCGAAGAGAUGCUUCAGAUGCGCGACCUGUUCGCCAACACGAACUCGUACUUGCUGAUCACCACCUUUGUGGUGAGCGUUUUGCACAUGAUCUUUGAGUACUUGGCGUUGAAGCAUGACGUCAUGUUCUGGCAGAAAACAGAUGCUGAGACGCUGAAGCGAUAUGUCUCUUUGCGGGCGAUUUGCGGCGAGGUUGUGUGCAAUGUGGUGCUUUGGGCCUACUUGUACGACCAAGAUACAGGCUGGCUGGUUCUGAUCCUGAUGCUGGGACAAAUUGCAGUGGACUGCUGGAAGCUCACAAGAGUGGUGGAGGUGAAGCUCCAAACCGGCGGCGCCGUGCCCUAUCCCGUGUUGAGGAGCCGAGUACCUCACUCGAGCACCGACGACUACGACAAAAUAGCAUUGACGUACUUGUCAUAUGUAUUGGUGCCUGUUGUCCUGAUAUAUGCGGUGUAUUCUCUGAAGUACGAGUGCCACAAGGGCAUCUAUGCGUACCUCCUCCACGUCUCCGCAUCCUUGGUCUAUGCGCUGGGCUUUGCGUUGAUGACUCCACAGCUCUUCAUCAACUAUCGCAUGAAGUCUGUGGCGCACUUGCCCUGGAAGAGGUUUAUCUACCGUGCCAUCAACACCUUCAUUGAUGACUUGUUUUCUUUCAUCAUCAAGAUGCCGACAAUGCACCGUAUGUCAUGCUUUCGAGAUGAUGUGGUCUUUCUGAUCUACCUCUAUCAGAGACACAUCUACCCAGUCGACACAAAUAGAAUGUACGACGAGGACUACGAGGACCAGCCUGAGGAUCUCGACUCCAUGCUGGAGCUACUGAGACAGCGGCAGGAGGAGCUGACACACCUCGGCGAGGCCUUCAAGGUGCAGGGCUCUCGACACGAUAGCCAGCGAUCAGAUGCAUCUGCAGCGCGUAAGCGGCUGGAGGAUCUUCAGGAGGCGCUGCGACGCCGCUCGGCGGAGGAGCUGCAGGAGCUGGCGGAGGCCCAGGAGUUGAAUUCCUCAGCACGCCGCUUUACCGAGAAGCUGCAGAACGUGGAGCAGGACUGCAUGAGGAUGGAGGCUCGACUUCUGGAGAUGGGCCAAGUCAUGGAGGAGGACGAAGCAAAGAUGGAAAGAUGCCGAGAUCUUUGCCAGGAAGGCCGCAUGGAGGUUCAGGGCCUGCAGCAGCGCGCAGCUGAGCUGGAGGCGCAUGGGGCGCACUUACCUGCCCACGCUGCAGAGUCAGAGCAGCAGGCGCUGCGGAGGCUGCAACAUCUGAAGCAGGAAAGGCAGCAGGAGCUCGCGGUGGCCAACGCAAGGCCCUCCCGCCCCUCGGCUUUCGCCUCCGCGCGCAACGCGCGGGUGGCCUGGGUGGCCCACGGCGUGGCGGAGCUCGCGGAGGCGCUGCAGCGGCGCACGGGCCGAGCCGCGGCGGAGCUGACGGCGGCGCGGCGCCACGCGGAGGACUUGGAGGCCAAGGCGCAGGAGAAGAGCCAGCAGUUGGAGUCCUGCCAGCUGAAACUGAAGUCCAUGCGCCGGCGCCAGGAGGAGGAGUCGCAGCAGAUGUGGUUGAGAUCUGCGGACUUCGCGCGGCGCGCGGCCGAGCGCUGCCGUGAGAAUGACCGAGAAAUGGCGGCGGAAAUCGCGGACCUGAAGGCCAAGACUGCCAAACUGUCCGCAUCUUUUGCCAGUGGCAAUCAGGAGCUGCACGCGGAGCAAGCGCACCACGCCUUGGAGGAAGCCCUGGAAGAAGGAAGGGCCACUAGUCGGAUCUGCCGUUCGGAGGUGUCCUGCUUGAAGAAAGAGCUCGCUGCAGAACAGCGAUUGGCCCAGGAACAUGAGCAAGGGCAUUUCGAGGAAGAGCAGCUUGCCCAGAUCUUGGCCAAAGACUGUGAGCAGCUGUGGGCGUCCCUGGCCCAUUCGAAGGAACUUGCGGCCCACAAGUCGCUGAGCCGUCCUACGUGA